GUCUAUCAAGAAAAGUUUUUUGAUCCACUCUUUGCUUUUCCUGGGCAUAAAGCAGCCAUAGCCAUGCCUAGGAGAGUUGGAAAAGAAGUUGCAUAGCAAGUGGAAAUUGCUCCUAUGAGUCCAAGACAUUCUGAAGGUGAAAAUAGUCCGGAGCAUCUUCCGCCUAUUUCUCCCUUGGCUGAUCGCUUAUAUGGCAAUCCCAUAUAUCGCAAGGAUGAUGAGGAAAAGGUUGAUUCUACUGAGUCAAGCAAUAAAAUAUCUCAAGAACUUCAGCAGAUAAGGAGGCUGCAAGAAGAAGCUAAUCAGAACAUAAAGCGUAGUCUAGAAAGCUUUCUUCAAGCCCAACAACAACAGUCAGAUCAGUUCACUCAAUAUAUGAAUACUAUUGGGCAACCCGUACCUCCAGCAAUGGAAUUGCCACAGCAAAAUCUUCCAGAUCCUUUGCUCGGGGGGCACGGGGGGCAUAUUAAUCAGCCACAGGUGGUGCAGCAAAUGCCCAAUGCUCAAAAUAAUGCUCUUGGUGCUGGCCAGGUGCAGUUCAAUAGGCAGCAGCAAAACAAUCAUGUUGGUGGCAUCCUUGGACCACAAGAUCCUGUGGAAGCAGCAUUUCGUGCAGCUGAGCAGUUCAACGCCAAUCAACAAAGAUAUGUACCCCCUGCACGGCAUCCAAAUGCUGUCCCACAGCCCAACUUGCAGAAUAAUGUUUUUCAACCACUCGGGCUACAAGUAGCAGCUCCUCCCUUGGAUAGAAAUCAACUGAUUGAUCUAGUCCAGGAGACAUAUGGUCUAGCUCUGAGACCAUUGGUUCGUCCUUCCUAUCACAAGCCGUAUCCAGAUUACAUAGAUCGGGAUAAUCCAUUUCCUCAUGGAUUCAAAGUGCCUGAAUUUACUUUGUUUUUUGGGGACGCAAGCCAGUCAACCAUUGAACACAUUGGUAGGUUCACUAUUCAAUGUAGGGAGGCAUCGGGUGAUGAUUUUUUGAAGUUAAGACUCUUCCCAAGUUCUUUAACUGGUACUGCACUGACAUGGUACCUAAGUUUGCCGCAAAAUUCUGUAUUUGCUUGGAGACAAAUGGAAGAUUUGUUUCAUAUUCAAUUCUACCGCUCAGAGCCUGAGAUAUCCAUGGCUGAUCUUUCUAGACUAACUCAACGGCCAGGGGAAUCUUCUGAAAAUUAUCUUAUGCAGUUUAGAAAAGCCCGAAUGAAGUGUCAUGUUGCCUUACCAGAGCAAGAGUUCAUGAAGCUUGCUCAAAAUGGUUUAGAUAUUGAACCUCAAAAGAAGUUUGAGGGGAUGGAAUUCAGAGACUUCUUUGAGCUCUUUUAUAAGGUGGCACGUUAUGAGAACCUUUUAAGAGAGGAAUCCCAAAGAAAGGCAGCAUCGCAAGGAACUUAUUAUCAAGAUGCUUUUGACCUUGAUAUUGCCGAGGUCUUUGCAGACAAGCCAGUAAUUUGUCCUAAUCUAGUGAAAGUCACUCAACAAGUUGAGGUGGCUGCAAAGCGUCUCCCAUAUGAAUCUGGGAGACAAUACACAUUUGAUGUGACUAAAGCAGAUGAAAUUUUUGAUUAUCUAAAAAAGUCAGGACAUAUUAAGCUGCCGCAAGGGCAUAGGCUCCCGACGGACAAGAUUGACAAAGGGCUGCUUCGUUUCCCUGAAAAACCCAAGGAAGCCAUGGGGGUUGAUGAGAACCCUUUUCCAAACGUUGAUGUUGGAGUUAAUGUUGCUAACAUAAGGAGCAUCUCUCGAAGGACGUAUAAAGGGCGAACUUUGGCUGCAGAUGACCUUCGUUGGGUGAUUGAGAAGGAAAGGGAACGUCGUGCCCAACAGAAUCAGAGGCUCGGGGGGCAACACCAUGCUGCCAGAAUCUAUGCAUCUAGAUCCAAGAUGAAGGAGGCUCGACAUACAGAUCGCUCUCGUAUGGUUAAGCCUCCACAGCGACCUUCAAGUAAAAGAUGGGAGAAGGUCGUGCAUCCCAAGUUUCCAAAAGAACCUGUGAGAAAUCCUAGAACUUUGAGAAGAAGGUUGCAGCGAAAGCAAGCAGAGGCACAUCGUCGUCAACAAUUAGCUACUGAGGAAGUUAAGGUUCCACAACAUUCUCUCGCAAAGGGAAAGAUGGUGUGGAAGAGAAAAGAGAAUCAAGAGCUUACUGUCCAAAAUGAAUCUCAGCUGAAAGUGCCACCUCCUAAGCUCACCUCAUUGAUCGUCAAUGAAAAUGAGUUGAAGGCAACCUUUGAAGCAGAUCAACAAGCAGAGUUGACUAGCGAUGAUAAUCUUUUUGAGGACAUGGAUGUUCUGCAGAUCGGCAGCAUCUCUAUUAAUCUCUUUUGUUUGGUUAUCACGCUUCCUUUAGUUUUUCAAGCCAAGGGCAACGGGACUACCCAUGUUUCCAAUGGCAGCAUGCUUGUUGAGGAAGAAGUGAUAGAGGUUCCAUCCCAAGAAGAGGAAGAGGAGCACGAUAUUCUUUCAGAACAAAUUAUCUUUAACAAACCAGAUGAAAGUGUGGCUCGUCAUAUAAAGCCACUCUACAUUUCAGCUCACAUGGAUGGAGUUCCAGUGAAUCGAGUCCUUGUUGACAAUGGAGCAGCAGUCAACGUCAUACCUUCUUUUAUACUGAGGAAUUUGGGUAAAAAUUCUGAGGACUUGGUUUAUACUGACGUAACCAUUAGUGAUUUCACAGGUGGUGUUAGCAAAUCAAAAGGAGUGCUGCCGGUUGCACUUACUGUCGGCAGCAAGACGUCAAUGAGUGCUUUCUUUGUUGUAGACUCUUCUACAACUUAUAAUGCAUUACUGGGACGUGAUUGGAUCCAUUCGAAUUGGUGUGUUCCAUCUACUCUCCAUCAAAGACUCAUUUUUUGGAAUGGAGGCAAGACUGAGGAACCAUCCGUUUCUUCGGCAUGGAUAGACAAGGAAGACCUCGUGGAAUCACUGCUUGCAACAAGCUUACCUUGGCUAAGUGAGGAAGACAUCCAUACCGACGGAGUCACAAUGGAGGAGUUAGAUCUAGCCCCUGCCAAGCUGGAUGACGUUAGGGCUGAUGUACAAGAUCCAUUGAAGGAAGUUAAUCUAGGAACGGAGGCAGAGCCACGCAUUACUUUUGUUAGUGGCUUGCUGCCGCCAGAGAUGCAAGAUAAAAUAAUUUGUUUACUACAUGAAUUCAAAGACUGCUUUACCUGGGAUUAUUCUAAGAUGCCAGGUUUAGACCAAGAGUUGGUAGAGCAUAGACUACCAAUCAACAAAGGAUAUAAGUCGUACAAACAGCCGCCACACCGUAUGUCUCCAGAAGUGAUUUUGAAGGUGAAGGAAGAAGUGGAGCGGCUGCAUAAAGUUGGUUUUAUACGGACAGCUAGAGGGAACAUAAGUAAAACGACGUUUCGUUGCCCUGGAAACAUAGGUACGUAUGAAUGGGUCGUGAUGCCGUUUGGGUUGAAAAAUGCAAGAGCUACAUAUCAGCGGGCCAUGAAUGCAAUUUUUCAUGAUAUGAUUGGCCGCUUCAUGGAGAUUUAUAUCGAUGAUGUUGUUGUUAAAUCCAUGGAGGAUGAAGAACAUUUGGAGCACUUGAGGAAAGCUUUUGAAAGAAUGCGACAGCAUGGUUUGAAGAUGAAUCCUCUCAAGUGUGCUUUUGGUGUUACAGCAGGGAAUUUUUUGGGUUUUCUGGUCCAUGAACGAGGCCUAGAGGUGGACAAAAACAAAGCAAGGGCCGUAAUUGAAGCGCAGCCACCACAAAAUAAAAAGGAAUUACAAAGGUUUCUUGGUCAGGUUAAUUUCCUAAGGAGGUUUAUCUCUAAUUUGGCGGGCAAAACUCAUGUCUUUUCACCUCUUUUGAAGUUGCAGCCUGAUGCAGAUUUUAAAUGGGAGAGGCAGCACCAAGCCGCCUUUGAUGCCAUCAAGGAAUACUUGUCCAAGCCACCUGUGUUGGUUCCUCCAGUUAAGAAUAAACCCUUAUUGCUGUAUAUAUCCGCCGUAGAUGAGUCAAUUGGCUGUCUGCUGGCGCAAGAGACUAAUAAUAAACAAGAACAAGCUGUUUAUUAUUUGAGUAGAGCUUUGAAUCCGACCGAAGUAAAAUAUUCUUCGGUUGAGAAAUUGUGUUUGGCUUUGUUCUUUGCAGCAAUAAAAUUAAGGCACUAUUUAUUGUAUUCGGAGGUAUUUGUUGUUUCAAAAACUGAUGUCAUAAAAUAUAUGCUGUCGCGGCCAGGCCGCAUUGGUAAGUGGAUUCUUGCACUUACUAAAUUUAAUCUGAGAUAUUUGCCUCAAAAAGCCGUCAAAGGACAGGCUUUAGUAGACUUUUUAGCAGAUCAUCCUUGUUUAGAUGUUAAUGCUGAUGAAGACAAGGGAAUCAAUCUCUUUUCAAUUGACUUGGUUCCUUGGAGACUUAUUUUUGAUGGGUCUAGCACUGAUCAAGCCUCUGGGGCUGGGAUUAUUAUUGUUUCUCCAGAUGGCAUAAAAACCCAAUGGUGUUUUCAGUUGGAUUUUGAAUGCACCAAUAACCAAGCAAAAUAUAAAGCUUUGGUAAUUGGUCUUGAGUUGUUGGUAGAGUUGAAGGUGCCAUCGGUUGAAAUUAUGGGUGAUUCUCAAUUAGUUCUCAAGCAAUUGAGUGGCGAAUACAAGUGUACAAGCGUGGUUUUGUCUCCAUAUUUUGCCACUGCCAUCCAACUACUGGAGGAAUUUGAUGAUGUCUCCCUAAAGCAUAUUCCUCGCAACAUGAAUAUGGAAGCAAAUGAACUUGCGCAGAUUGCUUCAGGUGUAAAAAUGCUUGAAGGCAUCUUGGAGAAAGUCAUCGUCAUCGAAAAAUGUAUGCUGCCUUCAAUUCAUCAAAGAGGAAUAACAGUGGAAGCAUGCUCACUAGAUGUCACACCUACAGACUGGAGGCAUCCAAUAAUAGAACAUUUGAGGAAUCCCAGUUCUAAAACAUCAAGGAGAACGAGGAUGCAAGCUUUAAACUAUGUGCUACUCGGGGAUAUUCUGUAUCGUAUGGGGCAGGAUGAAUUAUUGUUGCGCUGCCUCGGUCUUGAUGAAAGUUGCCAUGUGAUGUCAGAUGUUCAUAAUGGUAUUUGCGGUGCUCAUCAAGCAGGGAUUAAGAUGAGAUGGCUAAUUCGAAGGCUUGGUUUCUUUUGGCCAUCUAUUCUUAAGGAUUGCAUUAAUUAUGUGAAGGGCUGCAGAGCUUGUCAGCUGCAUGGUCCUUUGCAGCUAGCGCCAACUUUUGAGUUUCAUCCUAUUGUCAAGCCAUGGCCUUUUCGUGGCUGGGCAAUUGAUUUGAUUGGGAAAAUCUAUCCACCUUCUUCUAAAGGCCAUUCUUUCAUAAUAGUUGCUACAGACUACUUUACUAAGUGGGUGGAGGCAAGGCCUAUGAAGAAGGUUGAGCAAGGAGAUGUCAUCAAGUUCAUAAAAGAGGAUCUGAUCCACAGGUUUGGUCUUCCAGAAACUAUCACUUCUGAUCAAGGUAUUGCUUUUGUUGGAUCUCAAGUAGAGGCCUUUGCAAAAGACAUGGGAUUUCAUUUGCUUAAUUCAACUCCGCAUUAUGCACAAGCAAAUGGUCAAGCAGAGGCAUCUAAUAAGAUUAUCAUCAACAUCCUGGAGAAAAUGGUUGAUGAUAAUCCCAGGAGAUGGCAUGAGCUUCUUUUAGAUACUCUCUGGGUAUACAGAACCUCACAACGGAGUUCAACUAAGGUGACCCCAUUUUCGCUUACUUAUGGUCAUGAUGCUGUCUUGCCUAUGGAAUUAACGGCAAGGUCUUUGCGGAUUGCAAUUCAAAAUGGCUUGAAUUCUGGGGAAUACAAUGAGGCCAUGAUCAUGGAGUUGGAAGACCUUGAGGAAGCAAGACUGACAGCAUUGGAUGUGAUGAAGGCCCAGAAGCUUAAAGUGGCACGAGCUUACAAUAAAAGGGUCAAGCAAAAGAAUUUAGCAGAAGGAAGCUUGGUUUGGAAGGCUGUGCUGCCACUUGGCAAGAAGGAUCCUAGAUAUGGUAAGUGGUCCCCUAAUUGGGAAGGACCAUUCCAAAUUCAUAAAGUUCUUAAAGGGGGUGCUUAUUGGUUAAAAUCUUUGAAUGGGGAGUUGCAUCCGCGCAAGAUCAAUGGCAUCUACUUGAAACCAUAUCAUCCGAUUGUGUGGGAGGCAAGGGAUAGUUCUGCUUCCACGUCUGCAUGAUCCAGGUUUGCAGACAUUUGUAUAUUAUUUGAUUGAAGUUUUUUUUCUUUCAAUAAGGACACAUAGAGUUUUGGCUUGAACCAUGGAAGCAUACAUAAGACUUGGUGCUGCCAAGGAAGCAUAGCAUGUUCUUACAUUUGUGUUUUAGAGCGGUUUUGUUUGCAAAGCCGUGGGCAGCAUGAAUAAAGCAAGCGAAUAAAUUCAUGUUUAUCAU